GCGCCCCCGCCCGCCGGUGCCUCGGGGCCUGUGGCGGAAACGGCUGGUCUGGCUGUGCUUCUACGGACAGCCGGGGCUAUCGAUCUAUCUAUUACAUUUGUACACCGCCCCAAACUUUCGUCUCUGGGCGGUUGGACCAGGAACGUGCUCGCGGGGAUGGAGCGCUCUGCAGGCUUCCUGCUGGAGUCUUUCUGCCUGGGCCCCCCAGCAAGGCUGUAGGGGCCGAUGGGGAGCUGCUGCUGUUGUGCCAUGGGGGCUCAGGGCGGCCGGGAUGCCUCUGCGGGCUCUCCCGGGCCUGCCCCCGAUUCCAGCGUGCAUGCUCGCUCUGCUAACAGGUGCCCCCCGCCCCAGUCCUCUCCAGUGGGGUGAUGCUCUUUGGGCUCGGGAGUCCCUCUGGGUCUGCUCUUUCGGCCUGUUGAGCAGGCCCAGCUGUGCUGUCUGAAGAUGUCCUGGCAUGUUUGCCAAUGCCGGCUUGCCUCAGAGUGCCUGCGGCUGGUUUUCGGGAUGCUCUACCCUGCCUACGCCUCCUAUAAGGCUGUGAAAACCAAGAACAUCCGGGAAUAUGUGCGCUGGAUGAUGUACUGGAUUGUGUUUGCCCUCUUUAUGGCGACCGAGACGGUUGCAGAUACCUUCAUUUACUGGUUUCCCUUCUACUACGAGAUCAAGAUGGCGUUUGUGGUGUGGCUCCUGUCCCCUUACACCAGGGGGGCCGUCCUCUUGUACCGCAAGUUCAUCCAUCCCACGCUGUCCCACAGAGAGAAGGAAAUUGACCUGUUCAUCCUCCAAGCCAAAGAGCGCGGCUACGAGACCCUCGUGAGGUUUGGGAAGAGGAGUCUCAACGUAGCCGCCACAGCGGCUGUCCACGCGGCCACAAAAAGCCAGGGUGCCCUGGCUGGCCGUCUCCGCAGCUUCAGCAUGCAGGACCUGCGCUCCCUCCCAGACACGGCCCCUGUGCAUUACUCUGACCCCCUCUACCUGGAGGAGCAGGAGCUGCUCCGGCGGCCGAUAGGACACGGGACAGCGACUCCCCCACAGCUGCCCUCGGAGGACGAGGAGGAGGACUGCUGGUCUGACUCCCAGCUCUCUCCGGCCACCAGGGGCCGCAGCAGGGAGCCCUUGCUUCCCAAGCCGCUGGCUAGGAGCCAGAGCCUUCGCCUGGCCAGGAAGAAGCCCCCGGCCAAAGAGGGCUCCGCUCGGCUGGUGCGAAGCCGCCCCCGGAAGAAGGUGGUGGAAGAGAACAGCUAGGCUGCUUCCCGAGGAACUCCUGGGCCAGCCGCGGGAACUCCUGGCCACGGCUGGCGCAGGGAAGGGUUGCGGGGGACCACUGUGCCGCUUCACAGCUUGUAGGGUUGUCCCUCCUUGGGGCCUGUGCAGACCACCUUCUUCUUUUUUAGUUCAGCACUUCUCAGUUGCACUUUGGCAGCCGAGGGAGACCUCCUCCCUGGCUGGGAGAGAAGCCUGCUCUGAGGGCUGGCAGCCUGUCUGCUCCCGUUAGUGCAGGAGCCCUUCCCUCUGCCUGCCUGCCAGCCCGCUCUUGUGCCUUAUCGAGCCUGGGGGCUCUGCCUUCUCUGCCGAAGAGCCUGUCCUCGGGUGGGUGGGUGGGGUGGACAGCAGCGAGACUCUUGCCUCUCCACACACAGUGUGCCGCUCAGCCUGUGCCAGGGCCUGGUUGCCCUUCUCGGAAAGCCAGUUCAGGGAGGGGCUGCCCGGCCAUGGCAGGAAGAGCAACGCCCCCCGCCCCGCCCACACGCCGGAGGUGGUGGGUGCUGCCAGCUGAGCAGACCUUUGCCGCGUCCUGUGCAGCAGCUGCGGCCUGCAGCCGGGGUUCCCUUCUGGCCGGGCCCUGCAGUGACCACAGCAGGACCAAAGCAAGCAGGGGCCUCCCUUCGCUUGAUGUGCCUUCUGCCCUGGGUCUGUGCUGUGUCGCCACUCAGCCAUCUUCUCUCCUCCCUCUACGAGAACACUAACGCAGCUGCUUGGAGGCUUGACUCUGGACUUGAAUUUGAGGGCACUUGUCGUUUUUAGCAUAUUUUAGAAAUAAAUGUUUCUCUUGUGCCGUGGGCCAUUCUUAAAUCCA